AUGAAGCAGAAAGACAUUCGUCCGGACAUAGUCACUUAUAGUUCAUUAAUUGAUGGUUUGUGUAAGCUUGGUCAGUGGGAAAAGCUUAAGACUUUUUUCACUGAGAUGGUGAACCUUAAUAUUUAUCCAGAUGUGCGCACCUUCACCAUGUUGAUUGAUGGAUUAUUCAAAGAAGGGAAAGUAGAAGAUGCCGAGGAAGUAAUGCGACACAUGAUCGGAAAAGGUGUGGAGCCUAAUGUGAUCACCCACAACGUGAUAAUAGAUGGAUAUUGUUUGCAUGGUCAAGUGGAUAAAGCGAGAAGAAUAUUUGAUAUCAUGAUAGAUGAGGGCAUUGAGCUUAACAUUAUUUGUUACAACAUACUAAUAAAUGGAUACUGUAAGAAAAAGAAACUGACCGAGGCCAUGCAAUUGUUUUGUGAAAUUUCUCAAAACGGAUCAAGACCUGAUAGUGUUACCUACAAUACUAUCUUGCAAGGUUUGUUUGACAUUGGAAGAAUAGGCUCUGCAAAAAAGUUCAUUAAUGAGAUGCUAUCUAGGGGGCCCGUACUGUAA